AUGUCAGAAAUAACUUCAACAAGUACUCCUCCUCCCACUACUACUCCUUCAACAAGUACUACUACACCUUCAACAAAUGAAAAGGGUGAAGAGCCAAUCCCAGGACUUGUUAAAUCAGAGUCAUUAUUAGAGACAUUUGAUGCUCAAUUGGAAAUUGAACAAACUAAUCCAAAUUCACCAUUAUAUUCUAUUAAAUCAUUUGAAGAACUUGGUUUGAAACCAGAAAUAUUAAAAGGUGUUUAUGCAAUGGGAUAUAACAAACCAUCUAAAAUUCAAGAAAAUUCAUUACCAAUUAUAAUACAAUCAAGCGAAAAUUUAAUAGCACAAUCACAAUCUGGUACAGGUAAAACAGCAGCAUUUACAUUGGGAAUGUUGAAUUGUGUAGAUGAGACGAUUCAAGAACCACAAACCAUAUGUAUAUGUCCAUCACAAGAAUUGGCUGUACAAAUAUUUGAAGUGGUCAAGAAAUUGGGACAAUUUACAACGAUCAAACCGAUUCUAGUCAUUAAAGAGGUGGAUUUACCUCGUACGAUUACCAACCAAAUCAUUAUUGGAACACCCGGUCGUUUGAUUGAUUGUAUUGGUCGUCGUCAAAUUGGAUUGAGAAAGAUGAAAAUGUUAGUGUUGGAUGAAGCAGAUCAUAUGAUUGGUGUCAGAGGAAUGACAGAGCAAUCUGAACGUAUCAAGGAUCUCUUGCCAAAGGGUAUCAAGAUCCUCUUAUUCUCUGCCACCUUUUCAUCGUCUGUAGACAAUUACACCAAACAAUAUGUACCAGAACCAAGAGUAUCAAUUCGUCUCAAACGUGAACAAUUGUCAGUCGAUAAAAUACUUCAAUUCUAUAUCGACUGUGAAUCACCUUCAAACAAACCACACAUCCUUUCAGAUAUCUAUGCUUAUAUUAGUGUUGGUCAAAGUAUUGUUUUUGUUCAUACAAUUGAAACAGCAAAAUCAUUAGCAAAUAAAAUGAGGGAAGAUGGACACUCGGUAUCAUUAUUAUUUGGACAAGGAAAUACAACGGAACAGAGAUUUGCAGAACUUAAUAAUUUCAAGUUGGGAAAAACAAAGGUGUUGAUUACUACCAAUGUGUUGGCACGUGGCAUUGAUAUUCUUCAAGUGUCAUUGGUCAUCAAUUAUGAUAUGCCAUUGGAUGAGAAUGAACGACCCGAUCCAGUACUCUAUCUUCAUCGUGUUGGUCGUGUUGGUAGAUUUGGUAGAUCGGGUGUUGCCAUCUCACUCGUUGCCAAUGAACACGACAAGAAGAAACUAAUGAACAUAGCAGAACAUUUACAACGUCCAGUCAAAGAAUUGAAAAAAGAUGAAAUAGAACAAGUUGAUGAAAUCCUCAGAGGUUUAAAAGAUUUAACUCCUCUUCAAUCAAAAUAA